GAGCGAGCGAGCGAGCCGGGAUUGGCCAGGAGCGACUGGGGCGGCGGGCGGGCAAAAUGGAGAUGAGGCGAGGCAGAACACCCGGGCGGGCCUUCUGCAGGUGGCAACUCCUGACCUCAGGCAAGGGCAAGGUGAGGAUGAGGGCCUCGGCCAAACCAUCUGUGGCAGCUUCCCAGCUGGGUGCUGGGAAUCCCACUGCGACUCCAGAAUAGGGUUGAGAACAGCCUUCAUUGUCUCAGUUUACCGGCCUCGCCCUUGUCAUGUGUCUCAACCGCUUUUCCGACGAUGGAGAUAAAGGCAGAGGAACAGUCCGAGGCAAAAACGUAGCAGUGCUACCCAAGUGUGUCAAAAUAUCUCGUCAAAACACUUCUUCACAUGCCUAUGCUUCUUUCUCUUGGGGGAAUUAUGGAGCUUGAUUCUGAUGUUAGAAGCAUUAAUUCACUUUCCAAAGGCCUGUACCAGAGCUGAAAAAGGCGAAAGAGAAUGAAAGACCAGAGGUGGCUUUGUGGGUACCUGAUAAACCUGCAGCCAAGCCUUCAGGAGAAGAGAACACUCCUGUGAGGGCAGAGUGAACAAGCAGCAUGAUGGAUUCAGAAGAUCUAAUCAUGAAGAAGUCGAAGUCAGACCAAAUUGGUCACCGCAUUGUAAGUGUCAGCUCAGGCAAGCAUUACUUUUGCGGUUAUUGUGCGGCCAUGACAAACGUUGCAGUCACCUUCCCCAUUCAGAAGGUCCUCUUCCGGCAGCAACUCUACGGUGUACGAACCAGAGAUGCAAUACAGCAGUUGCAGAAAGACGGGCUGAGGAAUCUGUACCGUGGAAUCCUUCCUCCACUGAUGCAGAAGAGCACAACCCUGGCAUUGAUGUUUGGUCUGUAUGAAGACUUGUCUUCCAUAUUCUUAAGGCACAUGAGUGCACCAGAAAUUUUGACCAGGAGCUUGGCAGCUGUGCUUGCUGGGACCACCGAGGCUCUUCUGACCCCAUUUGAGCGUGUUCAGACACUCUUGCAGGACUACAAACAUCACGACAAAUUUACAAACACUUUCCAAGCGUUCAGAGUUCUCCGACAGCAUGGGGCCAGAGAAUAUUAUCGGGGCUUGGUACCAAUCCUGCUUCGCAAUGGUCCUAGCAAUGCUCUUUUCUUUGGUCUGAGAGGGCCUAUCAAACAGUGCUUGCCGGAAGCAACAACUUACAGUACUCACUUGAUCAAUGAUUUUAUCUGUGGUGGGGUAUUGGGUGCUAUGCUGGGAUUCCUGUUUUUCCCAAUGAAUGUUGUAAAAGCCCGCAUGCAGUCACAAAUUGGUGGGGAAUUCCAGUCUUUUUCAAAAGUCUUCAUGAAGAUUUGGCAGGAGCGUGACAGGAAACUUACACAUCUCUUCCGAGGUGCCCAUCUGAAUUAUCAUCGGUCCCUGAUUUCUUGGGGUAUAAUCAAUGCAACGUAUGAAUUCUUGCUGAAAUUACUAUGAAAAGUGUUACUUGCUUGUGAAGUUCCUUUUCUCAGUUGGGCAUCAGACAGCUCUGAGCUGUUAAUUUCCAGGGAGUAAUCAAAUUCUUUCUAGUAACAUAACAUUUGGGAAAUGUAAUUGCAAAAUUAUAGCUCUUUCAGUAGGUAAGGAUGACUUUUAUUUAAGCAGUGCCUACUGAGUGCAAAACGUAAUUGCAUUCACUCUAUUUAAUGGUCUUUCAGUUUGUGGGCAUGUGUCAACUGUAUGGUUAAAAUGGUCAAUUAAAAACUUUCUUGACAUAAAAGGAUACAAGAAGUUGGAUAUGCCCAAAGCAUGAUAAACUGAAUUUUAUAUUGAACUAGAAACAGUUUGCUCCAGAUCACCGUCAGCAUUUCUCAACACUCCUGGUGAUCCAAAGAAUGCACUUUGAGGAAAUGUAACAGGACGGAAAACUGAUAUUUAAUUUGUUGCUUGGCUUUUUUGUCAAAAACAGUGACUUCUUGUAAUUGGUGGGCCUUAAGCUCCCAUGAUGCCCCCUUUUUUCCUUUGAAAAGGAACACUAAAUUUGGAAAAUCUCUCAUUUUGAAAGCUAAGUUUCUGUAACAUUUGUGGAAAAGCUUUUGCUAGACAGUCGAUAUAAAUGAGAUUUUGUCAAGAUUUAAUAUCACAUUUCAGAAACCAGGUUCACUGUUAAGUCCAGUGGUGGGUAUAUCUGUUUCAAAUUAAAUAGCUGGAGGGUUAUGUUGGCUGGGGAGGAAAGGCUAAGAAAACCUUUUAUCUGAAAAGUUUUAAAGUGUCCUUCAUAUUAUACUUGUCACUAUGGACUUUUGUUUUCCCACCUAUGCUACUAGCUUUGGUGCAAGUGAAUACAUUAAGCAGUGUGGUUUCAUUUUAAAUCACUCUUCAGCUUUGGAAAGUAAGGUAGAAAUCACAUCUGGUGCUAUGCAACCUAAAUUAAGCAUUUUAAUGUCCAUUUACUUUCAGCAGCAUUUAAAACUGUUUAACUUUUUAUUGGAUUGUGUUCUGUGUUGAUCUUGAGUCUAGUUAAACAGGAUUUUAGUGAACAGGAUUAGAAGUGUUAUAUUGGACUACUGUCAUUUUCAAGGUGUUUCACUGUGGUAGAAAAGGCAUAUUGUUUGUAUUGGGGCAUGGACUCCUGCGAUUUCUUUCAUAUGAACAGGUGUUUAUAGAAGUAGGCUUUGUUCACGAGAGAUGUCCACCCACUUCCAUAGCGGAGAGAUUAUUUGACCGGAAGCCCACUUUAUGUUUAGCCUGACUGGUUUGGGAACUGGCUUUAUAGUGUGAUGUGAAGGACCAUGCAUGCAUGUAAAAAGGAGAAAAGCUUCUGCAAGCAUUACACGAAGCUGAUUUUGUGUGAUUGUGUUCAAUCAUGUUCACAAACAUUUUUCUGUACAUCAGAAUUCUGGUAAAAAAUGAAACAGGCAACACAAGUGGUCUCAAUCAUUUAUCAAGAGCAAAGCAAGUCUGUCAUAAUAAUGGUCAUUAUGGAAUUGGAUUUUUUUUUAUACAUCCCCGUCCCCCACACAAAUAGGAGUUAAUGCUUGCCUAUUUGUGGUGUACAGGAAAGUUUUCCCAAACUGAAUUGAUCAUCCUUCAACUGUUAUUUUUUAUUUUCAGCGCAACUUUUCAGCAUUGAGCUGGGAUAAUUUUUUUUACCUUACCUUGCCUAUUUUCUACCUGAAAAUAUUACCCCAAAGCAGUAACUAAUCCUGAUCCAACUUUUCCCAUUUCUUGAUAUUUGUACUGUACUAGUGUAUGCUACUUACCCUCACAGAUUGCCAAGCACAACAUGCAAGAAUGUUUGAUAUUUUGAAUGUUGUAAGUAUUUGCAUUUAAAUAAAAUGUCUGUUGAAUGUUUAACUGGUAAAAUUUGAUUUUACCAGGGUUUUUUUUUUUUUGUAACUCCCCUUGAUGAAUAAACAAAUAAGUCCCA